AACAACGAUAUCAGCGCCGUUGCACAGACGUCACCCUCUAUGUGUCUACACUACGCCUAAAGUGUCAGUGUUGUAUUCAAACACGGUUUCUAAGAAAAAGGAUCCAUGAUUCCCGCGUUCUCAUGUGCACCCAAGGGGUUUCUACUGGGCUACAUAUAUGUUAUGUGCAUAGUGUCUUUCUCAAACACCCCUUCGAACUCAUAUUACGACAGGGGAAACCUAAAAGAGGAGUACGACUUCAUCGUAGUUGGCAGCGGAUCAGCCGGGAGCGUAGUGGCCAACAGACUGAGUGCAGUUCCUCACGUCUCGGUGUUGCUUAUUGAAGCUGGAAACGCUCCAGAUGCGGAAACAGAUGUGCCCUUUCUAUCCGGUCGCCAAAUGGGAGGGAAGCACGACUGGUACUACAAGACGGUUCCGCAAACCGAUGCCUGCCUCGGAAUGGUCGAACACAGGAGCACGUGGAACAGAGGAAAAGCGCUUGGUGGCACGAGCGUUAUUAAUAGCAUGAUGUUCGUGCGUGGUAAUAGACUAGAUUUCGACAACUGGGCCGCAAAUGGUGCUACAGGAUGGACCUACGACGAAGUACUUCCAUACUUCAAGAGCAUCGAGACCUUCACAAUUCCUGAAUACGCAGAUAAUGGUUACCAUGGUGACAAAGGAGAGCUGACGAUUGGCUAUGCACCCUCGAUGUCGCUCUCCGGUCAAGCGUUUCUAGACGCGUGCAAGGAACUGGGAUAUGAUGAAAUUGACUACAACGGUCCCACGCAGUCAGGCUGUUCGAGAGUCCAAUUCAACAUCAAGGGUGGAAGGCGAGAAACUUCCAGCAAGACGUUCCUUUCUCGAAUAAUUAAGCGGCGUCCUAACUUGCAUAUUACAUUGGGCAGCACAGCUACUAAGAUACAGUUCGAUGGAAAACAAGCGGUCGGCGUCCAUUUUGAAAAGCAUGGGACCCCUCAUUUCAUUCGGGCGGCAAGAGAAGUGAUCCUCUCAGCUGGCGCCAUUGCAUCUCCUCAGCUGCUCAUGCUAUCCGGAGUUGGACCAAAAAAGCAUCUCCAGGAACUUGAGAUUCCCGUGGUAGCAGACCUUCCUGUUGGACAAAAUCUGCAGGAUCACACGUUUACUGGUGGAAUAGCUGCAACCUUGGAGUAUAAUGCUACGAUAGAAGAUCCGGACGUUGCCGCAUACACAGACUACUGUUUACACGGAAAUGGCCCUCUUGCCAUACCAGCAGGCAUCGAAGCCCUUUCAAUGCUGAGCACGUCAUUUGUGAACACUAGCACGGAGAGCCCCGAUGUGGAACUCACUUUCGUUGGUGUAUCCCCAUCAACACCAGCUUUUGAAGCGUUCUUGAAAAAUAUUGGCUACAAGAAUGAGGUGUACGAAAAGUACUACAUGCCAAACAGGGGAAGAUAUGCCAUUCACAUCGCACCAUGCUUGAACAAGCUCAAGUCAAGGGGCGAAAUUAAGCUGAAAAGUACCAACCCUCACGAACAUCCACUCAUCGACCCGAAGUACUUCUCGCAUCCAGAGGAUAUUCUUGUAGCCAUUGAAGCUGCGAAGAAAACAUUGGAGGUCAUAGACACUAAUGCCAUGAAGGCACUUGGAGCAAAACGAUGGGACAUUUCUCUCCCGGGCUGCGAAGACAAGGUUCUUUAUAGUGACGAAUACCUCGAGUGUUUGAUACGUCACCUGACCCACACUGUGUGGCAUUACAGUGGCACUUGCGCCAUGGGUACAGAUAAUACUUCAGUGGUUGAUGCUCGGCUUAGAGUUCGAGGAGGUGUGACAAACCUGAGGGUCAUCGAUGCGUCUAUAAUGCCCGUGGUGACUACAGGAAAUACUAACGCUCCAACGAUGAUGAUUGGCGCCAAAGGUGCUGCCAUGGUCCUGGAAGACAAUGGCUUAACUGUCGGGGUUGAGUAGGUGAAGGUGAUGUGGUGGGUUACUGCAAAAUAAAGGGCUUAGAACACUAA